CCCGGCCAUUGAGGAGCGCUCACCGUGCGUGCGGCUGUCCAAUGGGGCGCGAGCGGCGCGGUAUUUGAAUCCUACUCCGGGCCCGGCGCGGAUCCGCGGCGAAGCCGAGUGUAGCCCAACGGCGCAGCGCUCGUCCCUGCGUUCCGUCUGCCAAGUCCCGGGCCCGGCGCUGCUGCCUCCCCGGGCCUCAUGGCGCUGCUGCGACGCCCGACGGUGUCCAGUGAUUUGGAGAAUAUUGACACAGGAAUUAAUCCUAAAGCUAAGAGCCAUGUAACAGUCCGGCGGGCAGUUUUAGAAGAAAUUGGAAAUAAAGUCAGAACUAAAACAGCUCAAGUAGCUAAGAAAGCUCAGAACACCAAAGUACCAGUUCAACCCACCAAAGCAACAAAUGUCAAUAAACAACUGAAACCUACGGCUUCUGUGAAACCAGUCCAGAUGGAAAUGUUGGCUCCAAAGGAUCCUUCUCCUACCCCGGAGGAUGUCUCCAUGAAGGAAGAGAACCUUUGCCAAGCUUUCUCUGAUGCUUUGCUCUGCAAAAUUGAGGAUAUUGAUAACGAAGACUGGGAGAACCCUCAGCUCUGCAGUGACUAUGUCAAGGACAUCUACCAGUAUCUAAGGCAGCUUGAGGUUUUGCAGUCCAUCAGCCCACAUUUCUUAGAUGGGAGAGAUAUAAAUGGACGAAUGCGUGCCAUCCUGGUGGACUGGCUGGUCCAAGUCCACUCCAAGUUUAGGCUUCUGCAGGAGACUCUGUACAUGUGCAUUGCCAUCAUGGACCGGUUCUUACAGGUCCAGCCAGUCUGUCGGAAGAAGCUUCAGCUGGUAGGGAUCACAGCUUUGCUCUUGGCUUCCAAAUAUGAGGAGAUGUUUUCUCCAAAUAUCGAAGACUUCGUUUAUAUCACAGACAACGCUUAUACCAGUUCCCAAAUCCGAGAAAUGGAGACUCUAAUUUUGAAAGAGCUGAAAUUUGAGUUGGGCCGACCUUUGCCACUACACUUCUUAAGGCGAGCUUCAAAAGCCGGGGAGGUUGAUGUGGAGCAGCACACGUUAGCCAAGUAUCUGAUGGAAUUGACUCUAAUCGACUAUGACAUGGUGCAUUAUCACCCUUCUCAUGUAGCAGCAGCCGCUUCCUGCCUGUCUCAGAAGGUGCUGGGCCAAGGGAAAUGGAAUUUAAAGCAGCAGUAUUACACGGGCUACACAGAAAAGGAAGUACUGGAAGUCAUGCAGCACAUGGCCAAAAACGUGGUGAAAGUCAAUGAAAACCUGACAAAAUUCAUCGCCGUCAAGAAUAAGUAUGCCAGCAGCAAACUCCUGAAGAUCAGCACAAUCCCUCAGCUGAACUCCAAAGCCAUCAAAGACCUUGCCUCCCCUUUGAUGGGUAGGACCUAGGCAGCCUGGCUCCUUCCUGCACUUUUUCUUGCUGUCUUGGAACUCCUUGAUUUUGUACAUAUUCCUCUAGUCUAUUUAGCAAAACCUCUUCUCAGACUAAUUUUCUAAAUGUGUAUUGAGGAAAAAUAAAGCUAUUGAUUUUCUUAAAGGUA